CCCUUACGUAGCUCCAAAGAAACUCAGCGUGGAGUCUCCACACAACCAGAACUCAAGAUUUAAGGCGCGGCCAUUUGAAAUAUCAGAGAGGACAGCUUCAGUUCUUUCAUUUCAUUCAUAACUAACAAUGGCUGAUCCUGAACUGCAGAGACAAGAAGAAUUGCUGCAACAGGCAGAGUCUUUCAGAUAUAAUGCUCACACGAUGAUCAAUGACAUGGAGUUGAUGAGUACAAGAAAUACUAGCUGGUUAGUGGAUGAGGUUCUUCACAGCAUCUUCUUUUUGGGAAAGAUCAACAAGCCGCCAUUUACCCCAAAACAGAUUCUGAGUGAUGAUGUUGAAGUGAUAAGUCACUUUAAGAACAAAUACCCUCGGCCUUUUGACCUCUAUUCCUCUAAGGAACCCAGGAGCAUUCCAGUACCCAGGCGGGGUCCAUUUUCAUGUUUCCUCGACAUGGUGGUCCACCUGACUGGACAAGACAACAAAGAAGAAAUCAUACAGGAGCUGCAACAGUUCAUCGGUACACUGAAGGGGAGUGUUAAUGAAAAGCCUCUGGUCUCCAGAACCAUCUGUGUCUCUCAGAGUAGAAGCCCAGGUUCAGUCAGGUACUACGGAGUCUCCAUGUCCGCUAAUGCUGCUAGACGCAAGAAAGUCCUGAUUGGUGCUUCCUGUCUCAGGAAGUGGGAUAGUUAUGUAGCUGACGCAGUGAUGACCUUCUAUCCAGAGAGAGGUACUGAGGGAUUUGCCAGAAAGACAUAUUUCGAUGGAACCAUCCAAGUUCCAGAGCAGCAUGUCCGGUGCGAAACGUUUGAUCUUUAUAACGGAGAAGUUAAGCCUCCUUGUAAAUCAUGUCAUGAGUUGUUUGGUUUGACAGGACAUACAGGAAGGGUAAACCCCUAUGGCAACUGUGCCGAAGCUGAAAGUCUGAGCAACUUGUUUCAAGGUGAUAAAGCAGUUAGAAGAAAAGUACUACCACCACCUGGUGGUGACAGAGCGAGGGCUGAAAGAACCGUCAAUGAUACGGUUAGAUCUUUGGUGCGCUCCUUUAAGGCAUUUAAUAAAUGGACAGGUGGAGAAGGUGGUUUCUACACCCCACAGUAAGCCAGAUCUUAAAAAUAGAAAGACUGAAUCAGGGCAGGGAUGAUGUUCUUUAGUCCUGAUUUCAUUCUUUCCCGAUACAGGAGUGUGAUUUUCAUUUAUUGUGAUUCGAUAGGAGUAUUGGGAUUUUCUUUUCCUUCUUUAACAAAAACUAGAAUUUAAUAAAAUGCUUGUAGAGACAAUAUAUCAUCUGAUGUUGAUUUGCUUUGUAGAGAAGAACAUGACAUGGAUCUUCUGCUUUUCGCUUAUGUUUUUGUCACCCGUAGAUUGAAUAUGAAAUAUUGAUGAGUAAACUUCAUACGGUCCUUUAUUACACAGUGAAGAUGAUUCUUGAUCAUAAAGCAGAGCUCAGUGUAGAACUGGUUACUGAAUGUGGAGGUCAUGUGAUCCCAGCUGUUAAUAUAUCCUGCUAAUGCUCCAGCUACUUACUACCAUAACAAUAAAGAUAUGAAUGCAUUCAUGGAAAACAUAGUAAACCAAAUGUGUCACCAACACAUCACUUCCUACUGAACUCUGACUAACAAGAUGAUGAUAUUAAUAAUAAUCCUUUCAUGUGUCUCUGUGUGUGUCCUAUCUGAAGCUGAUGUUCUUCUCUCUGAUUCUGGCUGUUCUCAGUUUUAUCUUCAUGGUUCAAGUCUUAUUAGAGUCCCUUCACAUCAAAUCAAAUGUGUCAACUGUUUGAGUAAAGCAUGCAGAAUAUAUAAACCAUAAAUAUAUCAUGUUGUUUACAAUAAAAUGAUGGUGAUGAAAACUC